UUCAAACAAUCGAAAAACGUAUGAUUUUUAUUUUCAUUUACAUUUGAGGUUAAUACCAUUACUAUCAAGAAGGUUAGAGAUUAAAUAUUAUACAGGAUUUCAUUGAGAAAAAUGUCUCCUAUCAUAAAAUUUCCUUGGAUAUUAAAAAAUCUGAAGUUACCUAAGCAGAAUUUUGCACAGAAUCAGUACGAUUGCGGACAGAAUUGGAAAUAUACUUUGAAAAAAUUUGCGUUUAACUGGUCGGGAUACAAUAAAUAUGGGCUUUAUACACAUGAUAUCAUAGAUGAGACUUAUCCUUAUAUAAAAGAAGCAUUGCGUCGAAUACCAAAGGAUAUGCACGAUGCCAGAAAUUUCAGGAUCAUACGCGCUGCGCAGCUGAAUUUCCUGAAGAUAUAUCUACCCAAGGAGAAAUGGGUCACAUACGAGCAGGAUAUAGAGUAUCGAUAUCUUAGACCGUAUAUAGAGGAGAUCCAAGCUGAGCAAGCGGAGAUAAACGAAUUUGGUUGCAAUUACAAUUACAGUGAUAAUGAUUGCCCAACUGAUGAAAUGAAAUAAGAGAACAGAUUUCUACAGUUCUCUCGAUAUCUUUUGAUAUAUUGGCAAAUAUCAUUACAUGGAAUGAUGUUU